GGCGAGUCGGGACAAACACCGAUCUGACCGCGCGCCAUCCCCACCGGCAGAGACGUGCAGCUGCAGCGCACGCCGUCCCCGCACUAAAGCCAAUCAAGGUCUCGUCGCCUUUUCCGCACAGCACCACCCACCACUCCAUGAUCGCUCCCCAACCACGCUCGCCCACACCCGCAUCAUCGCGCCCUAGCUUUGCAGCACGCCGCGCGGCGGCCAUAAAGCCAGCGUCGCCCCGGCCGCGCCGUUCCCCACGGCGUCGCGUGCGCGCGCGCCCCCGUCCCCCCUCCCCCUAUAUAAUCGAGCGGCGCGCCUGAGGCUUCUCGGUCGCAUCGGUGAUCGUUCCAACUUCCAAGCAAGUGUCCGAUCGAGCGUGUGCGAGAGGGAUGGCGAGCGGCAGGGGCGGCACGGCGGCAAGUCCGCUAGUGGGGCUGGUGGCCUUCGUGUGCCUGCUGCUGUCCUGCGGCCUCGCGCAGGGCCGCGUGGCGAGGAAGGACCUCGGCCUGGGCAACGUCGGCGGCGGGCAGGGCGCGGGGCUGGGUCUCGGGCUGGGCCUUGGGCUCGGGGUGGGCACCGGAGGCGUGUCCGCGUCGGGGUCUGGGUCUGGGUCUGGGUCUGGAUCUGUGGCCGGGGUGGGGUCGACGUCGGGGUCCAGGUCCGGGUCCAUUUCUGUUGGUGGGGCGAGCUCGUCCGCGGGGUCGAGUGCCGGAUCGUCGGCUGGAUCGAGUGGGUCGGGGGCCGGGUCCUCUGCUGGGUCUGGUGGCGGGCAAGGGUUUGGGCAGGGUGGUGGGAGCGGGUCUGGUUCCGGGUACGGUGAGGGCAGCGGGUCUGGCGGUGGGCUCGGCAAUGGGGUGAUCGGCAUUGGGUACGGUGAGGGAUCCGGUCAUGGGUCACCUGGCUCGGGUGGAAGCCCUUGAUUGAUCGUAUUUGAGGUCAUCGUUUUUAUGGUUAAAUGUUGGAUAUUAUAUGCUUUUUUUCUGGAAAAAGCUUAUCAGAAUCAUAUAUAUUAUGCUUAUUGCGAUACUAGUUUUAGUUUUCAGGCCCUGGUUAUUGAUAUUUUAUUGUAGAAUCAUUGUCAUUUGGCAGCAGCUAAGAAAUAAAAGCUAUGCCAAACAUGGCUAGUGUGUGCAUGCGUGCGUGUGUCGUAGCAAAAAUUGUACUGCUAGUAUAUGCUUAUUUGGUGAAAAGUUGCCUUGGAGAGAAAUGUACGUAUUUUCCUUUUACUGUUUGUGAUAUAUGUAUCCAAUGGAAAAAAAAGUUAUGUGUGUUAUCACUUCA